UCCAGCAGGAGAGGAUGCAAUCCCAGGCUCUGAUAGUUUUAUUUUCCCUCCCAACCAUCGUCCAUGGCAUAGCCAUUUGGGCCGAGUGGAAAGCUUUCAAAGUGGCCCACAACAAGAGCUAUCAGUCGGCGGAUGAGCACCGCCUCCGCUUCUUCAUUUUCAUGGACAACAGACACCGGAUAGCCGAGCACAACAAGCUGUGGGCCAGGGGCCAGGAGAGCCACCAGUUGGGGAUCAAUCAGUUUGCGGAUCUGUCGCCCAGGGAGUUCAGGAGAGGACUACUACGUGAAGGACAACUGUCCAAAAGCUUUGGAGAUGUCUACAUUAUGCAUCCGGAAGUGGAGCUGGAGGCUCUACCGAAAUCUUUGGAUUGGCGGACGCGGAAUGCUGUGACCGAGGUCAAGAAUCAAGGGGAUUUCAGCACCUGCUGGUCGUUUGCUGCCACGGGUGUCAUCGAGGGUCGUUACGCCAUCAAAUACGGCCAUCUGCAGUCGCUGUCCGAGCAGAAUCUCGUCGACUGUUGCCUGGGAUCCGAGCGGGGCUACAAUACCUGGAGGGCCAUGGAAUGCAUUCAACAUCUGGGUGGCAUCGACACCGAAUCGUCCUACCCUUACCAGGGAGCCGACGACGUCUGUCGCUAUCGGCUAUCGGCCAGUGCUGCACGCGUCUUCGGUGUCGUGGCCCUGCCCGAGGGCAACGAGCGGAUAAUGGCGCAGGCUCUGCUUCGAGGUCCUCUUGCGGUGUCCAUCAGCUCGAACACCAUGCAGUUCUACACGAGCGGCGUUUUCAGAGAUUCCUCCUGCAGCAGAUCCUUCGAUCAUGCCGUCUUGGCAGUGGGCUACGGCACCGAUCCCCGCUUCGGCGACUACUGGCUGAUAAAGAACUCAUGGGGCACUCAGUGGGGCGAGAGCGGCUAUAUCCGCAUGACACGCAACAGCAACAACCAAUGCGGUGUGGCAUCCGAAGCCUUUUAUCCCAUAGUCUAAUCUCAAAUUAUUUUGCCAUAAGAAUAUUAAAUAAAAGCUCAAGAUUGA